AUGCAAUCAAUCGCGCCCGCGCCGGUAGCACAAAUGCAGAAUCAGGAAAUGAGUGCAGAUAAUGAUUUAAGAGCUCAGCUCUUGAACUUGACCUCGCAGUCUCAGCAUCAUAAUACUCAGACACAUGGCUAUAAUCACGAAGUGCAAGCUUCGAGUAGUGCUUCACCUCACGACCAUAAUAUAGAUCCUGCUAUCGGUGGACAAAUGAUGUCGGAAAGCGGAGGAGACGACGCAGAUGGUAGAAAGGGUGGAAAACGCGAGCUUUCACAAUCGAAGCGUGCAGCUCAGAAUCGCGCAGCUCAGAGAGCAUUUCGUCAGCGCAAAGAAGGAUAUAUCAAGAAGCUUGAAGAGCAAGUCCGUGAUUUCCAUGCAUUGGAGGAUAAUUAUAAGGCUAUUCAUGCCGAGAAUUACUCUCUGCGCGAGUACAUUAUCCGACUUCAAUCUCGACUUAUUGAAUCACAAGGCGAAUUUCCACAACCACCACCACACAUUAACUUAAGUCAUCCAUCGCAGCACCCUCAUCCUCCACCACCUCAGCAAAGACAAAUGGAGCCAAUAGAUCAUAUGCAACGACACGAAGCUCCCAUUGCCCCAAUGGCCCCUAUGGGUGCUCUUCAACCUUCUGCCGCAAGAACUCUAGCAGCAGCAAGUCUCAAACAUCCUAGUGAAGAGCAGCAAGGUCACCAGCAACAGCAACAGCAACCGCAGCAGCAACAGCCGCAACAAGCAUAUCCACCUCACCCAGAAAACAAACGAUUUAAGGAUGACGAUUCUAAUGACGAGAACCUCAUACGCUCACAACUGGCCAGUGGACAAAUACCCAAUGACGGUCUACCAACUUCUAUGUCUAUGUAA